UUGAAAUAUGACGCUUCAGGUGGCGGAAAUGCACCUAAAUUAUUUUGUCAACCAGAAGAAGAUACACGCUUCACGGUGUCAUUCAACGACUCGCACUUUAAAAAAAAAAAAACCUAGGUCGAUGAUUUAUUAUAAUUGAAGAUGAACGUAAAAACAGUAGGUUGUUUAUUUUUUAGAUCCUUGUGUCCGUGUUACAUAUAUACUCCCCUGCUGUUAAGAAGCUCUUGUCGAGGUCAUCGACAAAACACAAGCCAACCACCACAACAUGACACACGAGCACAGUUGCGGUCUGGAUUCAGUCCAGCAGCAUCAUCAAAAUAUGACUGGAUCGGCCCACCAGACAGACUCUCAAACUUGAGGCCAAUCAUAUAUCACAUCCCAGAGAAUGAGACGCCACUGGAGAGGAAGUUGAGGCAUCUGAGACAGGAGACUGAAGACUGGAACCAUAAGUUCUGGACCAAUCAGAACCUCACAUUUAGUAAGGAAAGAGAAGAAUAUGUACAGUCACAACUGAAGGCAAAAGGACUGUCAGAAAGAGAUGAUCAAGGAAGGAAAAGGACUUUAAAUAGUGAGGAAAUGGCAGUCUUCUACAAACACUUCUUAGAUGAAAAUAUGAAAAGGCAUGCCAGUUAUAACAGGGAAUGGUAUAAACGUAAUUUCACCAUUACACUUCUAAUGGCUAAAGUAGCUCUACACAACAUACGGGGGACGCUGACUGGACAAGGGAGGGGAACUGGCAAACCUACAUGAAAACUCAAAUAAAGACUGUGUAAAUCAAUCACCGCUCUCUCUGUUGUAUGUUGACAUGAAACACAGAAGGUGAGAACAUUGCAUUAAAACCGGGAAUUGUUAUGAGAUCAGUAUAGUGAAGCGUAGUCUGACCUGUACCUUGUUAUGAUGUAGAUAUUAGGGGUUAUGCAUUUAAUCAGAAUAUAUUUUCCAGUUUAAAAUUGAGGAGAAUAGCCAUUGUUAUUCUCUGAGUUGUGGACAUGAUACACAUGAUGAUACACAUGUGGAGAGGAAAGAUGCUCUCUUGUGGGGGUUAUCAGCCUAGUAAGAUAUUAUAUAUAUAUAUAUAUAUAUAUAUUACACAAAAGUGAGUACACCCCUCACAUUUUUGUAAAUAUUUGAUAAUAUGUUCAUGUGACAACACUGAAGAAAUGACACUUUGCUACAAUGUAAAGUAGUGAGUGUUCAACUUGUAUAACAGUGUCAAUUUGCUGUCCCCUCAAAAUAACUCCACACACAGCCAUUAAUGUCUAAACCGCUGGCAACAAAAGUGAGUACACCCCUAAGUGAAAAUGUCCAAAUUGGGCCCAAUUAGCCAUUUUCCCUCCCCGAUGUCAUGUGACUCAUUAGGGUCUCUGGUGUGAAUGGGAAGCAAGUGUGUUAAAUUUGGUGUCAUCGCUCUCACACUCCUUCAUACUGGUCACUGGAAGUUCAACAUGGCACCUCAUGGCAAAGAACUCUCUGGAUCUGAAAGAAGAAUUGUUGCUCUACAUAAAAAUGGCCUAGGCUAUAAGAUGAUUGCCAAGACCCUGAAACUGAGCUGCAGCACGGUGGCCAAGACCAAACAGCGGUUUAACAGGACAGGUUCCACUCAGAACAGGCCUCGCCACGGUCGACCAAAGAAGUUGAGUGCACGUGCUCAGCGUCAUAUCCAGAGGUUGUAUUUGGGAGUGCAGCCAUCAUUGCUGCAGAGGUUGAAGGGGUGGGGGGUCAGCCUGUAAAUUGGUCUGCAUGGGUGUCAUCCCAGAAGGAAGCCUCUUCUAUAGAUGAUGCAAAAGAAAGCCUGCAAACAGUUUGCUGAAGACAAGCAGACUAAGGACAUGGAUUACUGGAACCAUGUGCUGUGGUCUGAUGAGGGGGGGCAAGCAAAAGAAAAUGUUAUCAAGCACUAAAGUAUUUACUUGUGUAGAUAUAAUGCAUAUUACUUCGUAUGAAUCACUGUCAAAUAGUAAAUAUAAUACAGGAAUAUAUUGUAAUUUUUUUUUUGGUUGUUGAGUAAAUGGAACAAUAAACCAAAGCAAACCAAAUUUAAGUACAUAUAUAUAUAUAUAUAUAUAUAAUAAAAAAAAGGCGACCAGUUUAAAACAAUGUUUCUGUUCAAUACAAGUAAAAUCGGCAGCAUUUGUAUUAAAAUGUUGAUUAUCACAAAUAAUAAUUUUGACUUCACUCUUAUUUAAAAAAGAACGAAAAGCAGAAAUCGUGGUUACACUAAGGCAGGUACAAAGGAAGUGAAUGGAACCAGCCAAUAAACAUUAAAAUAUACUGUUUCAAAAGUAUGGCCAUAACACCUAAACAUUACACGUGUUACAUCAUUUUAGUGUGAUAAAAUGGCUUACAAUUCACAGUAUACAGUUUAUUCAACAUUACAACUUUGUCAUGACGACGACAUAACACUAGAAAAAACACAUAUAAUGUUUAUAUAUGGUGCCUAUACUUUUAAACAAUGUGCACUUUGAUGAUUAUGGACUGGUCCCAUUCACUUCCAUUGAACAAAAUUUGCCUUAAUUCAACCGCAAGUUGAUUUUUUUAUUUUUUUUUUAUUUUUGUGGUAAUAUACAUUGACACAAAUGCUGUUAAUUGAUCCUUAAUUGUUGUGA